UGUCCACAUAUGAUGAAUUAAUUGGUGUUCGAGACAGUUAAUGAGACUGACCUAAUGAAACUCGCCCAGCGUUUCUCCCACGUGACUGUGGCGAGCGAGGCGUCGCCAAGGGGAAGUGACGUCACAGCGCUACGUUUGUGUCUACCACCACAGGAGAGAUACGACUACGAGGCCUUUGACAGCUGCGGCGGCGACUGGGGUCUGUUGUUAAAAUCCACCUCCAUCUUCUUUAUCCUUGGGGAAAAUGGUGACCAAACCGACAGGAGCAUAAUCUACAGACUCUAAGCUUUCACCUGAUCACAAUAUUGUGAAAUUCCGGGCUUUUAUAUAUUAGAAAAGGAAUGGUGAAAAGUGAACUCAGCCGGAAGAAUCCGAAUUCUCUUCAGGGUUUCGGGGGGGUUGGGGUCGCAUAGAGAUAUAUAGGAUCGUAGCAGUUAAAUAACGCGUGAAAAUAUUAACGUAACAUCGAAUUUAAGGGCUGACACCAUCUGGUUUAAUAGAAAUUAGCUGAAAUACAGUCGAGUGACUCCGUCGGGAGAAACCAGUAAACAGCGAUGGAGCUACGAGUUGGAAACAGAUACAGACUGGGUCGAAAAAUUGGAAGUGGAUCAUUUGGAGACAUAUAUCUGGGCACGGACAUUUCAGUCGGAGAGGAAGUGGCCAUCAAACUGGAAUGUGUGAAGACAAAGCACCCUCAGCUCCACAUCGAGAGCAAGAUUUACAAGAUGAUGCAGGGUGGAGUUGGCAUCCCUACCAUAAAGUGGUGUGGUGCAGAAGGAGAUUACAACGUGAUGGUGAUGGAGUUGCUUGGCCCCAGUCUGGAGGAUCUUUUCAAUUUUUGUUCCAGGAAGUUCAGCCUGAAGACUGUCCUGCUGUUGGCUGAUCAGAUGAUCAGCCGCAUUGAGUACAUCCACUCCAAGAACUUCAUUCAUAGGGACGUUAAGCCUGAUAAUUUUCUGAUGGGCUUGGGAAAGAAAGGAAACCUGGUCUACAUCAUUGACUUUGGUCUGGCCAAGAAAUACCGUGAUGCACGAACACACCAGCACAUUCCCUAUCGCGAGAACAAAAACCUGACGGGCACUGCACGAUAUGCAUCCAUCAACACACACCUUGGCAUUGAGCAGUCUCGGCGGGAUGACCUGGAGUCUCUUGGCUAUGUGCUGAUGUACUUCAACUUGGGCUCACUGCCUUGGCAGGGACUGAAAGCCGCUACCAAGAGACAGAAGUAUGAACGUAUCAGCGAAAAGAAGAUGUCCACCCCCAUUGAAGUUCUUUGCAAGGGCUACCCAUCUGAAUUUGCCACGUACCUCAACUUUUGCCGGUCACUGCGAUUUGAUGACAAGCCAGACUACUCUUACUUGAGGCAGCUCUUCAGGAAUCUGUUCCACAGACAGGGCUUUUCCUAUGACUACGUGUUUGAUUGGAACAUGCUCAAAUUUGGUGCUAACCGUACAGCAGAGGAGGCAGAACGUGAGAGGAGAGAGCGGGACGAGCGGAUGAGGCACAGCAGGAAUCCUGCCGCUCGAGGAAUCCCAGCAGCCUCAGGCAGACCCCGACCCACACAGGAUGGUGCUCCUCCCACCCCCCUCACACCCACCUCUCACACAGCAAACACAUCCUCACCGAGACCGGUCACUGGCAUGGAGCGUGAACGGAAGGUCAGUAUGCGGCUUCAUCGUGGCGCCCCAGUGAACGUGUCGUCCUCAGACCUGACGGGGCGGCAAGACACUUCCCGCAUGUCCACAUCACAGAAUAGCAUUCCCUUCGAUCACCACGGCAAGUAGUUGCGGGUAACGUCCUUGUGUGAAGGCAGGUGCACCAGUGCUGUGUACAGAUUGUCUCCAUGUCCCAGAAGCCUCCACUUUGCAAUAUGGAGCACGAUGGGCAACCUAACUACACAUGCCUGAUUGACAGCUCUUCACCAUCAGCUAAUAGAUAAGGCCGUCAGUCUCCUCCUCCUAUUGACCAAACCAAAAUGGUGUAGAAACCAACCUGACCUCUUUUCUAACAGGCUCUUUUUUUCUUUCUCAUAUUUUCUCUCCCACACUCUGUAAAUGUUCUAAUGAACAUGAGAGCUAUGGCCUGUUGUGAAAUCACACCAGUAGGUUGACCAAUCAGAGACUGGAUCACCCAGCCCCCACACCAUUGUCAUCUUAUGCGACCUUCCUUCAGUUACACUCCUAUACAUUCAGUGCUUCACAACUUUCUUUGGUUGAGGCUCCUCUUGUUUGAGGCUAAUGUAUCAUCUAUGUGGUUUAAAUGGGUCUUGUUUAUUUGUAUACUGGGUUUUCUUUUGUAUUUUAAUCUGGGCAACAGUCAUGAGGGGUUGUUAUGGGUUUACUUAACUUUUUUUUUUUUUUUAAUUUUAUUUACUCAAUACUCAGUGUAUUUAUUUUUUAAUAUACAUUUUAAUAGCCCUUUGGUGAGGUUCCUUUCCCUUGUUGAAGCUGGUGGUGUUGAAUGGAUGGCCAAAAUCUCAGCAUCAGCUCAUAGCAAACUGAAUCCACAGCGUCGUUUUCAGUCGUACACGUCCUCACAGAGGGAGUCUGUGAACCUCGCCCGUUUGUAAAAUACUGCUUCCCCCAUUAUUGUGUGUCUUCUGUUUCUAAGCUGUGAAAUAACUGUAAAAUAUUUGUGUAAAUGUUUCCAUGCAAUUCUUAAGAGAGAUUAUGAAAUGACCGCAGAUGGAUUAUGUCUGAAAGUUAUCACUAGUUAUUUUGAUCCACUCUUUCAUAAAGCCACAACAAUGAAGUGCCAGACUUUGGGGGUUUCAUGCAUUCUGAACUUGAACUUUGACUCUUGAGGAUGUUGUUUUGACUGAUGAAUGGAGAUCAUGCUUAGACCUGCAACGUGUCUUUUAAAAAGGACUUUUAUACUCUGAUGUAAAGGUAAUGGAUGCAAGUUGUGUUCUGAUGGCUCUGAUGGUAUUUUGGUAGUGGUAAAUCAUUUGUUGGUGAUAUCGAUUGUUUUUACAAAGGUUGAAAGAAUGAAAACAAAUCAAAGUGUUGCUCUGAUGUUAAUUGAUUUCCCCUUUUAUGAAAUAUUCCAGCACUGAUGUGGCUUUUCUGAUGCACCUUGAAAGCUGGUUUGGUCAUCUCGUUCCCUUGUCAUCUAUAACAGAGGACAUUGGCUACUUCCUGGGUAAAAAUUUUCAUCUGAUUCUCCCACUGUUUGAAGCCCAUGGCUUUUUGGGCUACACACACUUGUGGAAGUCAUGCCAAUUUGUCAGUCCUUUAAGAAUUUGUAUUACCACUGUAUUUGUGUAUUUUAAACAGUGUAAAUAAAUUACUUGUAUUUGC